GGGGGAAAGCCGUCCUGAGUGCUCCAUUUUGCCACAUCCAAUAUGGCGGCGCCGGCGACGCCAAAGAAGAAGAAAAAGAAGAAGAAGAAGAAGAAGAAGAAAAGAAGAAGAGCAACAAGAACAACGGGAAGAAAAACAACGUGUUACUGUUAGGAAUGGAAUUGUCUCAAAGGGACAGGCUCUCUGAGCUUGUGGAGGAGCUUACCACUUCUGGACAGCUACAGAUCAACAUGGAAAAAAUGAAGGAAAUCAAGAAGAUAUGCAAGGAGUCUAAUGACUGCAUCGAUCAUGUCUACCACUCAAUAAUGUCCCAGCUCAACCAAGAACAUGCUGAGAUCCGUCUAUCGGCCUUUCAGAUAGCCAGUGAGCUUUUCCCCAAAUCACAUCACUUCAGAACACUCCUGGUGGACAACUUCCAGGAGUUCUUGGAGUUGACAGUAGAGACAAACUUUGAGCGGCCCAUUCCCCCUCCUAAACUAACAGCCAGGAAACUUCGGUCACUUGCUGUCCAGACUAUCCAGUCCUGGCAAUCCUUUUAUGGGUCAGCGUAUAAGAAGUUGGAACUGGGCUAUCACUUUCUCAAACAGUUUAAAAAGGUGGACUUCCAGGAUGCUGAGGCUAGGACAGUAGCAGAGCGGGAAAGAGAGACUGAGAGACAAAGGAAAAUGGAGAGAAUAUACAUUGAGAGACUGAAAGCAGCCAUGAGAGACAUGGAGGACUCCUCCCCAGAUAUUGAGGUGGCAUUGACAGAGUUGGACUCCUGCCUGAUGAUACUUUGCCCUCAGUUUACCCUUCUAGACAGCCACCUGCUCACACAAACAACCACUCAAUGUUUGCCAGAUGAAGAACAACCCUGCUGUAGUAAAAACUUGAUUGACAGGACAGAGAAGCUGAACGAGAGCAAGGAGAGGUGGUGCAAAGAAGAAAAUUACAAUUACAUUGAGGAGCAGGAGGAGAAAAAAAUAAAGAAAAAGAAGCAAAAGAGGUGUGAAAAUGAACUAAACAGGAGUGACAAACAGGAGAAGAGAGCGAUGGAAGGAGGACAAAGGUUUAAGAUGAAACAUUAUGAUGAUGAGGACAGAUGUGAAGCAGAAGAGCAGGACCCUCUUCAUGGAGACUGUUUUAUUAGAAACUCUGGCCUUAUCUCUCGGUCAUAUUGUCUGGACUUGAACAUGAGUCAUGGUCUUCAUAUAGAGGAGACGGAGGAUAAUGAAGCUGUAGUUUCUACCUUGUUAGAUCUGCAGAGACUACUUCUAACCAAGCACCUACCAGCUGUGCGUCAUUGGGUUCAGGUCUUCACCAAGUCUGGUGCUGAUCAGAGUCUGUUGAGAAGAUCACUGGAUCUAAAAAAGUCCAUAGAAGCUUCCCUGCUGAAACUGAGCGAGUUGAACAUUGACUCUAAGAGCAAAAUGGCUUCAUCAUUUGAAGAUUGUGAUGAUGACACUGAUUUCAUUGAGGUACCAGAAAAAGAAGGAUACGAGUCACAUAUCCCUGGACAUCUACAAGUGGAAAGUGAGUUUCACCUGAAUGCCACCACGCUUCCCUCUGUGGCGCCGCUCCCGUCUCCGUGCGCCGAAAACCGCGGACACCGCUCCGGUUUGAGUCCCUUUUCAUCCACUCCAACAUCAUCUAAGCAUGCAACUAAAAGCAUUGUUGCUGAAACAUCUUCCACUCUGCCCCGAGCUCCAUCCUCCUGCUACAGGAGACUUAAAAGACUCAAAAAAGAUGAGGGGGAUCCAACCUGUGGCGCUGCAACAUUCCCAAUUCUCCAAAAGGAUCUUUCUGUGACCACAUUAUCCAGCUCUUCUGAACCCAGUUCAACUCAGUCCAACAAAGACCAAACGGCUUUGAAGGCUCCAGUGGUUCCAUUUGGUUUGGAUCUCUAUUACUGGGGCCAGGAGCAGCCUAACGCCGGCAAGAUCACCAAAUUGUCCUCUCAGCAUCAGUUCUGGGUUCCGUCAGAGGUGGAUGAGGAGGUGCAAAACAAGGAGCUCAUGGCUGAGAGCACAUGCAGAUACAUCACUUUCCCUGGAAAAUUCAUUCCUGUCAGCCAUUAUUGUAAUGCACCAUUAGGCAAUGGGAAGAUGUGUAAGAGACAGGACCGACUGAAGUGCCCUUUCCAUGGGCGUAUUGUUCCGCGAGAUCAGGAGGGUCGGCCCUGCACCCAGGAGGACCGUCAGAGAGAAGAGCAGGAUAGGAGGAAGACAAAGAAUAAACAUGACUGGCAUGAUCCAGGGCUAGUUCGAGACAUUGAGAUUGAAACAGGACAAAGCCUAGGUUCUGACAGAAUGGAUAAACGGGGCAAAGGAAAAAAGAAAAAAUACCCCAACCUCAGCAAUCUGAAGCAGAGCGCCAACACACCACGGUCUCGGCUUGAGAAACGGAUAUUCAAUAAGAGCGCCAUGCAAAGAGUUGCCCAGACGAUGAGUAAAGUUGACAGCAAAAAACACGAAAAGUUUUCCAACCAGUUCAACUAUGCCAUCCAUUGAUCUUCAGUUAAUUUGUGUUUGUAUUCUUUAUGAAUAAUUGUAUAACAUAAUAUUACCUUCUGUCUAAUAAUUUGAGAAAAUAUGUGAACUAUUUGCCGCAUGUGGCCAUCUGGUUAGCACAUCUGCCUCACAGUUCUGAGGACCCGGGUUCAAAUCCGGCCUCACCUGUGUGGAGUUUGCAUGUUCUCCCCGUUGCCUGCGUGGGUUUUCUCCAGGUACUUCGGUUUCCUCCCACAUCCCAAAAACAUGCAUGGGAGGUUAAUUGAAGACUCUAAAUUGCUCAUAGGUGUGAAUGUGAGUGCAAAUGGUUGUUGUUUAUACUGUAUGUGCCUGGCGACCAGGUCAGAACCACAGAAAUAAAUCAUCAAUCAAUCAAUCAAACUUUAUUUGUGAGUU